AUGGUUCCAUACUUGUUGGGCGGGAAAUUGGUGGCCUUGUCAAAGAAGAACGGUGAAUUUUUGGGUUCGAUAGUUUGUAGAGGAAAACGCUAUGAAAAUUUUUGGUCUAAAAAGCUGGAAGAUUUUAAACAUAUUAUGUCAAUGAUGACGGAGAUUGGCAAGCAUGAUGCCCUUGUCCUGUUGAUGCAAGCAGCAUUCAUUCCAAGGCUGUCAUAUUUUUUACGUACCUCUCCUGGCCCGUCUCAGCAAACGUCAGAUGAAUUCAACAACAAACUGCGCAUGGGUUUUCAGACUAUAUUUAAUGUGUUUUUUGAUGAUAAAGAUGAAUUAAAUGACUUUCCCUCAGAUAAAGCCAGGUUGAUGGCCGUUAGAAGUGAAUUGGGGUCUGCUUGGCUAAGGGCCAUUCCCAGUACAGCUUGUAGUUCAAGGCUUUACAAUGGUUCUAUUAGACUGAGUUUAUGCUUAAGACUUGGGUUGCCGGUGGUGUCAGGUUACAGAUGCUUGUGUGGGGCGGAUGUUUUUCAGUUGGGUCACCAUGGUUUAUUGUGUAGGCUUGGUUCAGGAAGACAAGAAAGACACUCUGCCAUGAAUAAUUAUAUAUGCAGAUUGUUCCAGAAAGCAGAUAUACCUACCAUUAAAGAACCAGCAGGCCUACUAUCUGAAAGUAAUUUCAGGCCAGAUAAUUACACCCUGGUACCGUGGUCCCAAGGUUGUUUAUCAUGGGAUGUGACGUUCCCUCACACGUUAGCCGAAAGGUACAUCAAUUACACGGCUAUGGAGCAAGGUUCCGCUGCGGUGAAGGCUGCUGAUUUCAAGAAUACUAAGUACAAAGAUCUAAGCGACAAUACGAGAGUUUUCGUUCCGAUCUGUGUGGAGACAUUUGGCCCAGUUGAUAAGCAGACACAAUUAUUUUUUGAUAACAUAGGUACUAAAAUAGUUGAAAAAUCCGGUGAUCCCAAUGAUAAAAUUUAUAUAAAGCAAAAUAUAUCUUUGUUGUUGCAAAAGUUUAAUUCAUUUUGUAUUUUAGAGAACAUUGCUAAGUGCCCUUCUGUGCGAGACCCUGUACACUAA